AUGGCGGCCUACAGGGAAGUCAGGAAGACAAAUAUUUGCUUAAUUUUUUCUUCCAUUUAUACAAUACUAUUUGCCGUCCAUGGAGUACAAACCCAAGUCGGUCCACCUGGACAUCAGAUGCCGAUCAACAUGAGUGACCCACACCUGCACGCAUCGGUGGAUGCAGUUGUUGAUGUUAUCAAUCGAGAUCGAGGCUUUGCUGAAAACCUCCAAAGACAAAUUUGCCAGACCAUAGAAAACGGGACAAUGCAAGUCGUCGAUGGGGAGCUUUUCAGACUCCGUUUAAUAUUAGCCGAUUCUGUCUGUACGAACGCAGAAGCCAAUGAAAACAAAACGUCCAGUGAUUGUCCAGUACUGUCACCAGGGAAGAGAAAACGUUGUCAGACUGCCGUUCUUUACAAUACCUGGGAAGAUCCGGGGAUAGACGUUCUCUCCUAUGACUGUGAAGAUAUACAGCCCACUCCACCUGGCGAGGAAAUGCCAAUCAACAAGAGCGACCCAGGUGUAGCGAUGUCUGUCCACGCUGUGGUCAUCAAGGUCAAUAAUAAACGAGGUUAUGCCGACAUGAUCACCCGGGUUUCCUCUGGCGGGAAAACCGAGGGUACCGUCCAGAUAACUGAUGGAAAUGUAUACCGUCUACAGUUUACGAUCGGAGAUUCUGUAUGUAAUAAUAGUAUAGUCAACUGGAACGCCAGCUCCACAGACUGUCCGCUGCUGCGCCCAGAAAUGAAGCAGCGGAACUGCAAUGCGACAGUGAUUUAUAAACACUGGGAACUCCCACUGGUCAAUGUGACGGAAUAUAGCUGUGAGUCUCCUCCCCCCGGGGAUCAACGUCCUAUUUCAAAGAACAGUACUGACGUUAUCCAGUCAGCGGAAGCUGCUAUAUCCAUCAUUAACUAUGACAGAGGCUACUCGAAUGACACCUUCCGGCGGAUUCUGUACAGCAUAGAAGGCGGCACAGUGCAGGUUACCGAUGGCGAACUAUUCAGACUGCUUUUUACUAUUGCCGACUCUGACUGUAAAAACAUAGAAAAGAACUUUAACGCCACAUCUGCUGUGUGUCCAAUACCUUCGAGCCGCCUGCCUGUACAAAGAUGUGAAUCUGAAGUCUUGGACAGAAACUGGCUGCCGAACCGUUGGCUCAUACAGAAAUACAAAUGUUUUAAUAUACCGCCUCCGCCGUUACCACCAUCCCCGUCUUCAGUAAGACCGAUCAAUAAAGAUGACCCAGGUGUCAUCGCUUCGGUCGAUGCAGCGGUCAACAAGAUCAACGAGGUUCGUGGGUACGCGGAUAUCAUCACCAGAGAGUCACUAGGAGAGGUCGUUGAUGGAACUGUCGAGGACAUGGUAGAUGAAGGCCACAUUUACCGACUCAACUUUACUAUUGGUAAUUCAUUAUGCAAUAACAGCAUCUACAAUGCCAACGCCACCUCCAAGGAUUGUCCACUCAUACGUACUGACCACGGGCUCCACUCCUGUAACACGUCUGUUAUCUACCUAAACCGAGAAACUACCACCACCAUUGCUAUCAUAUCAUACUAUUGCGAGGCGCCACCUGGGGACGAACGACUCAUUAAUAAAUCUGAUCCUGUUGUGGCUGAAGCUGCUGACGAAGCCGUGAAUGUCAUCAACUGGGACCGUGGAUAUUCUGAUAACAUUCGACGCUUGACUCUAUAUCAAGUCGAGGCUGGCACGGUCAAGAUCGUGAGCGGAGAGAUGUACAAAUUAAUAUUCACGCUGUCAAACUCUGUCUGUAAAAACACCGAAGAUAACGCUAACGCCACGGAGAAACAAUGCCCUGCAGAACCAGGACUACAAGGAUUACCGGUACAACGAUGCGAGUCGCAGAUAUAUUACAAGCAUUGGUUACCUCAGAAGGCGGAUGUGAUGGAACACAGCUGUGUUAUUCUGCCGCCGCCUACCGUGCCCCCUGGAGGCGCUAAAGAAAUCAACAGAAGCGAUCCAGGUGUGACGGAGUCUGUAAACACUGCAAUAGAAGUGAUCAAUCAGGAGAGAGGCUAUGCUGACAUAAUUAUACGACAGACACUUGGAGAACUUGUGGAUGGUACAGUGCAGGUAGUUGAUGGCGAGCUGUAUAGACUAGACUUUACCAUAGGAAACUCUGAGUGUAAUAACAGUAUCGUCAACAUCAAUGCUACACCAGCGGAAUGUCCACUUAUUCCAGGAAUGAAGCAACGAGAAUGUAACGCAACAGUGAUUUAUAAGCAUUGGGAGACACCACGAAGUACGGUUCUAUCGCACUUCUGUGAGGGACCUUCCCCGGGAGACCAAGUGAUCAUCAAUAGAACCGACCCUGGCGUUAGUUUUUCUAUUAACAGUGCCAUAGCAGCUAUCAACAAAAACCGAGGAUACUCGAAUAACACCUCCAGAUGGUCCCUCUACAAACUUGAAGGUGGAACUGAGCAGAUUGUGGAUGGCAGUGUAUAUCGACUGGCAUUUACACUGUCUAACUCAGUGUGCCCAAAUACAGAAGCAAAUGGCAAUGCUACGUCUUCAGAGUGUCCAGUGAAGAGUGGGGAACAGGGCCUUCCGAUCCAAAGAUGCGACACAAAAACAAUUUAUCGUCGUUGGUUAGAUAACCAGACAGAUGUCAUAGAACACGACUGUAACCCAUUACCGCCGCCACCUCCAGGACCUCGUGGGGGUGACAUACCGUACAAUAAAGACGAUCCUCUUGUCAUGACAGUCACUAACUCUGUUGUCGACUUCAUUAAUGAAGCCCGGGGUUAUUCUGAUUACAUUCCAAGGAAAUCACUCUCUGAAAUACUGAAUGGAACAUAUCAGAUCGUUGAUGGAGAACUUUAUCAUUUGAACUUCAUCAUCGGAAUAUCAAUAUGCAACAAUAGCAAGGACAACGCCAAUAAAACUACAAAGGAUUGUCCUUUGAGACCGGACUCCAGACUGCGGCCAACUGAAUGCAUGGCACUUGUUGUUUACAAAUCUUGGGAAUAUUCAACACAAGUUAUUAAUUGGACAUGCGAAAAAUCCUUAUACGUACGAAAUGACAACGACCUCUCCGUCCAGUCGGCACACAUCAAGAUGUCAGGAGAUUAUGCAGCCAAUGAAAUUAACAGGCUUAACGGAUAUUCUUGCUGUACUUACAGAUACGUUGUUAGCGACAUAAUUAACCCUACUUCUACAUUUACAGGGACCGAUGAAUCCUUACACAUGACACUGAAUCUGGGGAAAUCAUUUUGUACAAAUAAUGAACUGAACAAAGAUCGAACUGUUGAUAGCUGUCCUAUACAACCAGGUAUUUCGAUAACAACAUGUGACGCCACAGUGUUGAUUCAUAAUGGAAAUGACCUCUCAAUGGGUCAGUAUAGGUGUCAUGGAGGCGAUAUGGCGACGGCAUCUCCAUUGGUCGGUUAA